CCUAUAAAAUCACUCCCUAGUUUAAUGCCAGGACUCCGGUUAUACCCCCAGAAUUGUGAGGCACAGGAGAACGCUAAAUCAGUGAAGAACUGGGAACGAACAUCAAGACAGGAGUCAGGAACGAGGCAGGUGGCGAGGCAACGAGAGGCCCAGAUGGAGAGGCUUUGGCUGAGAGGACGGAAUGCAGUCACAUGGCUUCUCUUUCUUCACUUAGCAGGCUAUGCACUAGUGGAGGGGGGCGGUCGCUGCAGUUUGUUUGGUCGACAUCACGUACACACCUUUGAUGGAGUCAUUUAUGAGUUCCCUGGGGACUGUAGCUACAAGCUGGCUGGAGACUGCCAUCACAGGACCUUCUCAAUACUGGGUGAUCUUUCUCAUGGCAGAAGGAAAGGAGUGACUGUUUUCCUUGGAGAAACCUUCGAGUUGCAUUUGUCUGUGGGAGGAGUGCUGUCACAAGGAGCAGAAAGACUCCCUCUGCCAUAUGCUUCCAGCUCAGUGUUUGCAGGCUUUGAGCUGGGCAGUGUGCGUCUGUGGAGCGAAGAGUUCGGCUUCUCCAUCCGCAUCGACCCGGCUCACAACAUUGAGCUCACACUCAGCAAACACCAUGCCAACCAUACCUGUGGUCUCUGUGGCAACUACAACUCUGUCCCUACUGACGAAUAUACUGCACAAGAAGGUUUUUUGACAGAGGAUCCAUAUGACUUUGCCAAUUCCUGGGCUAUGAAUGGAGCAUCAGAAGCUUGCAAACGUGUAACUCCACCAGCUCAAACCUGUAACAACACAGGAGCCUCUGCCAGGGACCUAAUGUCUCGGUGUGAGACCCUUCGUACCUCACCAGUGUUCCUGCAUUGUGCUCACCUGGUGGACACAGACGCGUUUGCAGCAGUGUGUGAAUCAGAUGUGUGUCAUUGUGUAGACGGUCAAGAGUGUGUGUGCCAGGCCCUGCUAGAGUAUGCCCGAACUUGUGCCAGCCAUGGACUAGUGCUGCCUAAUUGGCACACACAGAGCCAGUGCACACCAAAGUGCCCAAUAGGGAUGCAGUACAGUGAAUGCUCUCAGGCGUGUUCUACCUCCUGUCAGAGUCUCAACAUACAUGAGGUCUGCAGAGAGGAAUGUGUGGACGGCUGCAGCUGUGCAGUGGGUAAGGUGCUGGAUGGAGAUCGCUGUGUUGAGGUGUCGCAGUGUUCGUGUCAGCAUACAGGAAAACGCUAUCCUCCUGGCUCCACCAUCUCACAGGACUGCAACACAUGUGUGUGUCGCCACGGAUCUUGGGAAUGCACCAAUGAGGAAUGCCCAGGGCAGUGUGUGGUAUCAGGACAAUCCCACUACAAGACAUUUGAUGACAAGUUCUUCACCUUUAGUGGCUUCUGCCAGUAUCUACUGGCUAAGGACUGUCAGACCAACCUGUUCUCCGCUAUCAUUGACACUGUGCAGUGUGCGGAUGACCAGGAUGCUGUGUGUACACGCUCAGUGACGUUGAAGUUUCAUGAACUGGCCAAUCAGACAGUGAGGCUGAAGCAUGGAGGUGUCGUCUCUGUGGAUGGCUUGGAUGUUCAAAUGCCAUUAAUCAACGGACUCCUGCGGGUACAGAGCACUGUGUUGUCAUCUGUGAGGCUGAACUAUGGAGAUGACCUCCAGUUGGACUGGGAUGGACGUGGACGUGUAGUGCUCAGGCUCAGCCCAGUCUAUGCUGGAAAAAUGUGUGGUCUGUGUGGUAACUAUAAUGGUAACCAAGGAGACGACUUCCUGACAGCGGGCGGGCUGGUGGAGACGCGGGUGGAGGGUUUUGGAAACGCGUGGAAGAUGAAUGCAGAAUGUGACAACAUCCAAAAACAGCCCUCUGAUCCGUGCAGCUUAAACCCAAAAAGGGUGCGCUUUGCAGAGGAGGCGUGUGCAGUGUUGCUGUCCCCGAAGUUUGAGCCAUGUCAUCACGAGGUGAACCCGUAUCCCUACCUGAAGAACUGCCGUUAUGACGUGUGCUCCUGCGCAGACGGACAGGAGUGCCUUUGUGCAGCUGUGAGCAACUACGCAGCUGCAUGCUCAGCCAGAGGAGUACUGAUCAACUGGAGAGGACAGGGAUAUUGUGAACUGACCUGUCCAGGUAACCAGGUGUAUGAGGUGUGUGGGAGUGUGUGUAAUCAGACAUGUCGUUCUCGGUCGCUGCCGGACAGUGCUUGUCGCAGUAUGUGUGAGGAGGGCUGUUUCUGUCCUCGUGGGCUUUAUCUCACUGACACUGGAGAGUGUGUUCCACCAGACCAGUGCUCCUGCCACUAUGAUGGAGAAAUCUACCAGCCCAAUGACAUGUUUGCUGACCACCACUCCAUCUGUUACUGUGAGAGCGGCUCCAUGCGGUGCAGUUCCAGUGAACUUCCAGCCUCUGUGCUGUCAGAUCUUUUCUUUGAUGAACCUCCACUGUCCCGAGAGCGACGUUCUGUCUCCUGUCCGGCUCCGCUGCAGCAGUUAAGGUGUGAGAGUGUGAGGGACGUGGGUAUAGAAUGUGCUCGAACCUGCCAGAAUCUGGACCUGGAGUGUGUGAGCCAGGGCUGCAUCUCUGGCUGUGUGUGUCCUCCUGGAACAGUCCGUCACAGAAGAGAGUGUGUUCCUCCGGACCAGUGUCCCUGUUUCCAUAACAACCAUGCCUAUUCUCCCGGGCAGAGCAUUAAGAUAGACUGCAACACCUGUGUGUGCGGAGGCCGACAGUGGAAAUGCACUCAGAGGGUGUGUGAUGGUGUGUGUCACACAGUGGGAGACUCGCACUACAUCAGCUUUGAUGGACUGAAGUUUACAUUUCCAGGACCGUGUCAGUAUAUCCUCGCUCAGGAUUACUGUAAUGGUCUGGACGGCACAUUUCGGAUUCUGGUGGAGAAUUCAGCUUGUGGAACCAUAGGUCAUCGCUGCAGGAAGAGCAUCAGUGUGUUCUAUAUGGGAGGACUGAUUGUCAUGGAGCAAGAAGAGGUGAAGAUGAAGAAGCCAGUGAUGAAGGAAACAGAUGUGGAGAUUGUGCGCUCUGGAUUCUACUAUAUCGUUCUACUGGGGAAAAAUAUCUCUAUAACCUGGGACACUGGAACUCGAAUUAUACUGCAGAUCAGUGGCCAGUACAGGGGUAAAGUGUGUGGUCUGUGCGGGAAUUUUGAUGGCAGUCAGAAUAAUGACCUGUUGAGCAGUAACAAUCAGAUAGAGGUGGAUCCUUUGGAUUUUGGAAACUCCUGGAAGGUCCAACCCAGCUGUGCCAAUGCAGUUCAGGUGCCCUCUCAGUGCAGUACCGACAUGUCAAAGCAGGUGACAGUGGAGCAGUCGUGUCGUGUGCUCAACAGUGACCUCUUUAGGGAGUGUAACAGUGUGGUGGAUCCAGAACCAUACUGGGAAAUCUGCACUCACGACACCUGUUCAUGUGCAUCUGUUGGUGACUGUGCAUGUUUUUGUGAUGCCAUCGCUGCCUAUGCUCAUGAGUGUGCCCUGAAGGGUGUGGUAGUGGAUUGGAGGUCUAACGACCUGUGCCCUCUGAGCUGUGAGGAACUGAACAAAGAUGCAGGAGUUGAGUGUAUGUGGCGGUUUAAUGCCUGCGAUACUGCUUGCCCUAAAACCUGCCAGCACCCAGAACAAUUGAGUUGCCCAAUCGCCUGCCUAGAGGGAUGCCAUGCUUCCUGCCCACAAGGUCAGAUCUUAGAUGAGGUUCUGAGACGCUGUGUGGAACCAUCCGAAUGUCAAGUAUGCAUGCACAAUGGAGAACGCAUUUCUCACGGGAAGCAGAUCAUUCUGAAUCAUGGUGACCCUCAUCUCUGCCAAAUAUGUCAUUGUGAAGAAAACACCUUGACCUGUGCUCCAUGUCCUCCAUCUGGACCUGCCUCCACAUUAAGCCCAAUCACUGCAUUUACCACCCCCACACCCCUCCCAUUCUCCACGCCCGUUCCUGAGGAUGCCUGCGACAGGGCGAUGGAUCUGGCCUUCCUGGUGGACGGCUCCUCCUCUCUGAGUGAGGACGACUUUGUGUUGGUCAAGCUCUUCAUUCUGGGGGUGGUGGAACGCUUCCGGAUGGGCUCAGCCCACACACGGGCUACCGUCCUUCUCUUUCACUCUGGGGUGAAAAGUUACGACAUGCAGGUGCAGAAGUGGAUCUUCAGGAACAUGGUGCGAGACCUGCACUAUAGUGGUGGAGAUGUGGCAUUCAUGGAUGAAGCCUUCAAGUACCUAUCUGUGUACAUUUAUGACAAGAACAAGCGAGACCACGCAGAACGGGUGGCUAUUAUGCUGACUGCUAGUGCCAACCCCAGGCCUAUGCGCACCACUCAGCGCCUGUUGAGGAAGAAGGACAUCACGGUUCUCACUAUUGCUCUUGGACCUGACGUCAAUCUGGCCCAGGUCAAUGAGAUCACCAAGGCCACACCUAGCAGCCGAGCUUAUGUGCUUAGUAGUGUUGGGGAGUUGGAGAAUCGAGCAUUGGAGAUCACAGACUACCUCUGCACCUUGGGACUGGAUCCAGAGCCACCCAAGAGACCCCCCACUCGAAAGCCCACUUCUGCCACCACCACAAAAGCUGCAGUCAUUAUACCCAUUACAGAGGCCACCCAGCCUAUUGCUGUCACCUUUCCCCCAACAGCUGCCAUUAUAACUGCAUUUCCCAGCAUUCCCAGCCCUGAAACUACCGUUCCUUCUUCUACUACGAUGGUACGGGACAUCACCUUCCUAAUUGAAGGAUCAGACAGUGUUGGGGAGGAAGGCUUUAACCGAACCCGAGAUGCACUAGUCGAUGUUGUGGCCUCUCUUAGCCAUGAAGAGGAGGAGCAUUUCCGGAUUACAGUGAUGCAGUACUCCCUCACUGUUACAAUUGAGAUCAGCCGGAUGGAGCUGAGGCGCCGGGAGCUGGUCCUGCGAAGAAUGCGACAGAUCCGCUGGGUGGGAGGAGCCGAAGUCAACACAGGUCAUGCCAUUCGCUCACUGUAUGAGUCUGUCACCACAGAGCGACCCAGUCACACUCCAGACCAGAUGGUGUUCCUCAUAACCCAGAGCCCACCGACUGAUGUCAUCCAGAGGCCACCAAGCUCCUCCCACACUCAGGUGUUCCCUGUAGGAAUUGGUACCCAGGUGCGAGAGACGGAUCUAGCAACCUUGAGUUAUCCACACUCUCCAAUCAUGCUAAAGAAUCCAGAACAGCUGAGCUCACUGGGGCCCCUACUGGUUAAUAUCAGUAGGACACUGAGAAGGCCAGUGAUACCAACACUACCACCCAGAGCUACACUGCCCCCUUCAGUGCCAUGCUCAAAGCCUAUGGAUGUGCUCUUUCUACUGAGAGACACUGCUGCAGAGUUUAAAGACAUGAAGACAUUUGUGAGGUCAUUUAUAAGAAGCACCAAUCUUGGUCGAAAUGCGACUCAGGUAGCAGUGGUUGUGUAUGGAGAGAAGCCAGAGGUGGUCGUGUCCUGGAGAGAUGAACAAAGAGCGGAAAAUCUUCUUCAACAGCUGGAGAGAUUACAGAGCAAGGCAGACAAUGCACCACGACUGGGUGCUGCAUUGCGUUUUGCUGUUCAGACUUCUAUUUCAUCCACAAGUGGAGGUAGAAUGGGCGUGCCCAAGGUUGUGGUGAUGCUGGUGAUUGACAGGUCCACUGACUCUAUGCAGGAGCCUGCGAAUGAGGCUCUUACUGCUGGUGUGUCAGUGUUCCCCAUUGGAGUGGGUCAGCAGUAUGACCAGAAUGAACUGAGCAUGCUCGCAGGUCCACACACUCCAGACAAUAUAAUUCAGCUAAGGAGUACAGAUGAUCUUCUGGCGAUGGUUACUCUAGAUCGUUCAUUUACAGAUAAACUGUGCAGAGCGGGUCCUCCUGGAGUGUGUGUGGAUGAUGAUGGGAAAGAGAGGCAGCCUGGAGAGAUGUGGCUGUUGGCAGAUGGCUGCCAUUCUCUGCUGUGCAACCCCUCUGGUGUGGUGACGCUACUGAGUCACAGAGUGAACUGUGAGAGAAUGGAGCCUCCGGUCUGCAAAAAUAACCUCAGAGCUGUGAGAGUAAACCAGACCUGCGGAUGCAGCUGGAAAUGCCCUUGUAUGUGCAUGGGCAGCUCCACCAGUCAUGUGGUGUCGUUUGGAGGUACAGCUCUGAAGCUGAAGGGUGCCUGUUCAUAUUUGCUGCUUCACUCAGGAGGCACAGAGCUAGUGCUACACACAGCCACAUGUGAUAGCUCACCAAACCAGAUUUGUAUGAAGAGUCUGGAGCUGAAAGAGGGCGGGACCAGUGUGAUGCUGAAAGAUGACAUGAAGGUGACUGUAGAUGGUGCGGUUACUGCAGUACCGUUCAGGCGAGGUGGAGUAUCUGUCACUCAGAUUGGAGCUUUGCUUCAUCAGCUGCGCUCAGAGACCCAAGGCUUCACCCUCACCUUCACUCCCCAUAGCAAUGAGUUCACAAUCAGCCUGGACCUCACUAUGAUCACCAACACCAGCACCACCGGCAUCUGUGGGUCAUGCUCUGAUGAUCAAGCCCAUUUGCUGCUUCCUGAUGGCUCACCGUCGACAGACCCUGAUGCGUAUCUUCAGGCGUGGGCCGUGGGCGAGUGUGUGUGGAAUAAGAAUGUGUCUGUGUGUGAGGCAGGUGUAGCGCAGGGCUGUGAGCUCUUAGCCUCUUCAGUGUUUGGCCAGUGUCAUGCUGUGUUGCCUCCUCAGGACUAUGUGGAGAUGUGCAAACAACUAGCCUGUCAUCCUACUGCGAUGUGUGACCUCAUCACUGCCUACAGCAGUGUGUGUCGACAACAGGGCGUGUGUGUCAACUGGAGGAAUGCUGAUCUGUGCCCAAUGCCCUGUCCUAAGUCUAUGGAGUAUGAUGCAUGUCGUACGGGGUGUGUGGAGCAGUGUGGGCAUGGCCAGGCUGCAUUGGGUGAUAUGGAUGUACGGGGUGAUGGUUUAGGAGGCAGCUCACAGUGCUGGAGCGCUCCUACUGAGGGCUGCUUCUGCCCCCAUGGCACAGUGCUGCUAGAGGGAGAGUGUGUGGGCAGAGAGGCCUGCAGUCAAUGUGUGGACCAACACGGACAAGCUCACCAGUUGAUGGAGAGCUGGACCCCCAAUGACAACCCAUGUAUACUGUGCGUGUGUCUUGACAAGCAACGAAUCAACUGCACAGCGCUGCCCUGCACUAAAGCUAAGGCCCCUGUGUGCGGGAAGUGUGAGAUUCUUCUGGAGAAGACGGAUUCUAAGUGCUGCCCUGAGUAUGAAUGCGUGUGUGACACUGCUAACUGUAAGGUUUCCGAUCCUCCACAAUGUGAAAAUGGCCUCAGUCCAGUCCUCACAAACCCAGGAGAGUGUGCACCCAUCUAUCAGUGUGUCUGCAGAAAAGAAGAAUGCUCUGCAGUGAAGCCCAGCUGUCCCCCUUAUAAAAAGCUGUCUGUUAAAAAGACAGCGUGCUGUGAUGUGUAUGAAUGUGUGUGUGACUGCCAAGACUCCAAACAAACCUGCCCACCUGGAUACAUCACCAAGGAGAUGACCAAUGACUGUGGCUGUGUUGAAGUCACAUGCCUCCCUGAUAAGGUGUGUGUGGUGGAGGGAGUGGUGUAUCAGAAGGGCAGUAAAUGGGAGGAGAAAUGUAAGACGUGUGUGUGCACAGAGCAGACGGACAGAGUGACCGGCCUACACAUAGUGCAGUGUGUGGAUCCUGUCUGCAACCAGAUCUGUCCUGUGGGCACCACAUACUCUCACUCCAAAGGGGACUGCUGUGGGCACUGUCAAAAAUCCAACUGUGUAGUGGAGGAUGGAAUGCAUGGGGGCCGAUUACGUAUGGUGGGAGAGCAGUGGGUGUCUCCAGAUAACAAGUGUGUGAUAAACGAGUGUGUGAGAGUAAAUGAGGAGGUUUUUAUCCAGUACAUUAACGUCUCCUGUCAACUCAUGGACACACCAACGUGCCCACUGGGCACAGAGCUCCGCUGCAACACCGCCGAUGACUGCUGCCCUUCCUGUCACUGUGUCCCAGUGGAUGCGUGUGUGUUGAAUCAUACAAUAAUUGGGGUUGGUGAAAGAGUGAUGCUGGAUGUAUGUACAAACUGUAGGUGUGUGGAAGAGCUGGGAAAAUAUCACCUGUCCUGUAGAAAGUUAAGCUGCUCACCUUGUUCAGAGGGUUACACACUGGAGCCGGUGCCAGGUGCUUGCUGUGGGCGGUGUGUGGCAUCAGCCUGCUCCAUCCAUCGACCUGAUGGACAGUUAAUCAGUCUGCAGGUGAAUACUACACGUGAAGAUGGCUGCACUAGACACAGCUGCAGAGUGAAUGAAAUCGGAGAGCUGGUGCUGGAGACUGUAGUGACCACCUGCCCACCUUUUAACCAAGCCCAGUGUUUAGAGCAUGGAGGAAAAAUAAGCCGAAUCGGAGACAGCUGUUGUGAGAUGUGUACUGAGCCAGAGUGCAAGAGAAUGGUAGGUUUGCUGGAAUAUAUCAAGGUGGAUGACUGCCAGUCAGAUGAGAAACUGGAGCUCAGCUACUGUGAGGGAAAGUGCAGCAGUAAGUCUGUGUAUUCCCUGGAGAAGAAUCGAGUGGAGAGCCAGUGUGUGUGCUGCUCUGCUACAGGAACUCUGCCGCUGAGUGUUUCUCUACACUGUCCGAACGGCACACACAUUACCCACCAAGUCCACACCGUGACUGGCUGUGACUGCCAGGCCCAUGCCUGUCCCACUGACUAAAGCCCACAAAUACACACACUAAUGUACACCCAAUACAGCCACACAUUACCUGCUGUACGUACAACCUGUAGCAGUCAGUGACUGAUUGUAAAACGCAGUCUUUGACAUGCACACACAGCAGGGUCACUGUCUCACUGACGCUGUCCGGCUUUAUAAGACUGUCACUGUCGUAUGUCUUAUGACACUCCUUAUUACAGAUAUAUUCAAUGAAGCAAUAACCUAAUCUGUCAUAAAUCCACAUGUAAUCAAUAAACAUGAUCUAUAUCUUUUA